UUCUGGAUCAUUUGUGAACAGUAAAGUAGUGCAAAUGGGAGAAGGCCUUCGUCUGCAACGUGGCAACAGAUGACUAGAUCGAUAAGCUGGAUACUGUCCAACCAGGAAUUUCUGAACGGGGUUAAUCGCUUGGUGCCAAUGCGGAGGCAACGGCAUAAUGGCCAUCCGUCCGACGCAACCUUGUCCUCCACUCCGUGGACUCUCCUCUGCUUUUCUCUCGCUCGCUCGCUCUGCGGCUUGCGAAGAAAAUUCCUAAUAACCCCUCGUCUCCAGGUAGUCUUGUCCCUCCGGCCCCCUCUUCCCCGUUCUCCCGUUUUACAUUUACCCCGUCUACCGGAAGCUUCUUUCACCCCAAGUCCACCAUUGAGCUCUCCCUACGGUGCCUUUGUUAUUCGCUUAGUCCUUGCUCACCCCGCCCCCCCAAAAAAAAAAAAAAUUCCCAAUAUGGAAACCCUAGAAGCUACUGAAACAACCCUAGGCAACGAUUCCUCCAAGAAGCCCCCCGAAUCACAAACCCUAGGAGACCUCGCGGGACCUCGGGUUUCCAAACUAGGGUUUUCGCCGGCGGGAGAAACCCUAGCUCCGGCGCCGGGGGCUGAAGCCAAAACCCCAGGGUCGGGGUUGCUGCCGGCGGCCGGCGAGGCGGAGGAGGAGGCGGAGCGGCACUCCUUCGCCGCCGGUGAUUUCGUGUGGGGAAGGAUCAAGAGCCAUCCAUGGUGGCCGGGGCAGGUGUACGACCCUUCCCGGGCUGCGGAUCAUGCCAGGAGGGCCCACCGGAGGGACCGGUCGGUGCUCGUGUCGUACUUCAGGGAUGGCACCUUCGCAUGGUGCCACCCGGCGCAGCUGAGGCCCUUGGUGCCGGAGUUCCACCGGAUGGUGAAGCAGAGCAGCUCCAAGAGCUUCGUCGGCGCGGUGGAGGACGCCCUGGGGGAGAUCGGGCGGUGCCUCGAGCUCGAUCUCACUUGCCACUGCGUGCCCCCGGAGGCCCGGCCUGCGAGUGCCAGAGGCCAGGUCGGGAGGGCUCCGGUAGCAAAUUUCGCGCCUUUGGAGUUCCUCGAGCAUCUUCGUGAUGUGGCCCGUGAUGUUUCCGUGGUUGAUAUGCUGGAAGUCGCGAUGCUGAAGAGUUGGGUCAUGGCAUUCGCGAAGGGAUGGAGCAAUGGUUUGGCUGGGUACCACCAGCGCCGGGGAAUAAUGGAGCUGGUGGACAAGAUUGAUCUUGAUGUCCCACCAGGGGACCUGACCGACGGCAAGGAGGAGGAGGACGAGGAGGAGGAGUAUUGGACCAUAGGGAGCGGUGCCGUGAAAAAAGGGCCGAAGAUAUCAGCUGAGAAGUUGUUCAGGAGCAGGAAGAGGAGAAGCAUGGCGAAGCUCAUCGCGGAGAUGGAUUUGGAUGCUGCUGAGGUCAGUGAUGGCGAAGAGGACAAGGUGAAGGAGAAAGUCGAGCUGGGGAAGCACAAGAAGAGGAGUGAGACGAGGAAAGGUUCGAAGAUGGAAAAUAGUGGUGUUAAGGCUGAUGACGAGAGCGGCUUGGGAAGACGGGAGCGGAAGAAGAGCAAGUAUUUAUCACCUCCCUACACUUAUUUGAGCGGGUAUACAAAGUAUUUGGACUCGCCGAGGAGUGCAGAGGCGAAGACACAAAAGACAAGUGUGGAUUCCUCUUGGGCUUUGCCACCCGAGUCCCCGACGAUUUUGAGAUGCGAUGGUGACACAGUUCAGAAGGAAGUGGAAGAGGAUGGGAUGAGUUCCCCAAUCAAAGUUGAUAGCACUUCAGGCCAUGAGAUUCUUGCAGAGUUCCUCCGCACAGCAGUCAAUCCGCUUCACCUGAAAUGGAAUCGUCUGGCCAAGACAAUCAGGGGCUUCUUCGCCACGUACAGAAGCUCGAUGUACUCUAAUGGCUCCGAGUUUGCAGCUUACCAAAAGCACCAGGCUGAAUCUUGUGGCAUAAAUGGAAAAACUCUGAAUAAAGAUGUGGUGGAUCGGCCUGAAGCUGGGAAAUCUGAGGGGAAGAUGAAGCAGAAGAAGGAUGGGGCUCGUGGAGGUUUGGGUCCUGAUUCAGCCAAUCACUCCGAGCAAGGUAAGGUGGGAUGGAAGAGAAGGAUGAGCAAGGAUGAAACUACCUUUGAAGCUGUGGUUAACUUGGAACCCCAGAUUGUAGACUCUCCGGUGGAAAGUAAAGCGGCGCGGAGAUACAGAAGAGGCAAGGAUGGUGCUAAUGGUGAAACCAUGCUGAGUUUGUGCGACGAGCCUCCCAUUUCAUCAGAAGCAGCUAAAGUUGGGGGGCAGAAGAUGGUUAGGAGCAAGGGAGUUGCUAAUGGAAAAUCUCCAGUGGAACUGGGUCACGAGCUUGGCAGUCGUUCUCGAGAAGGCAAGUCUGGGCAGAGAGGGAGAAGACGCAAAAAUGCACCUAAUAGUUUGCCUGUGCUGAAUUUGGAUCGCGGGGUUAUUAACGGUCCAAAUGAAGGUAAAUGUGGGCAGAAGAGGAGGAAGAGGGAUGGAAACGUCUACGGGAAUCCAGCAGCUCUUCACAUGAAUUUUGCUCCAGGCAUCACUCUGCCAUCCAAGGAUGACCUUGUCUCCACAUUUAGCAAGUAUGGGGUCUUGAUCGAGUCCGAGACAGAACUGUUGCAAGGGACUGGCGGUGCUCGUGUUGUGUUUGCCAAGAGCACCGAUGCAGAGAAGGCCUUCAAUAGUUUAGACAAGACUGGAGUUUUUGGGGCCCCAUAUGCUACUUACAGCCUCCGUUAUCUACCUGCGAUAAGCUCGCCACCAUCAUCGCCUAUCUCCGUCCCAAAGCCUCCGCUUCCUUACAUAAGGAAGAGCCUUGAGAGGAUGAUUUAUUCUCUGACAGGUUCUUCUACUCCAGUGAAAGAAACGGUGUCUUCUGAUGGGCUGAAGCCAGAGGCAAGAGAUAACUUAGUGGGUGAGAUGCAGGGCCUCCUCAAGAAGGUUAACAAGAUGCUGAACGGACCUGCUGCCGGUGCCCCUUCUUAAUUCCACCAUUUUAUAGGCUGCCGGAACAAUGGUGCUCAGAACCCAUACGGGUUGUUAUAUCUUGGUACAUUGUUCCUGUGCAUGGUAAGCUCUUUAAUUACUGCUGCGUAUUUAGAUAAUGGAGACUUCAGCUUGCCUUUCUUUGAACUUGUUAGCCGCAUGUGAUUGUAUAUGGAAUUAUGGAUGGUUAGAAUAGCUUACUAUGCAUUUUCAGAAGGGGUUACUUGUAUGGCGGUUGUGUUACACCGUUCUCGACAAAUCUGUGAUGCAAUGGGGAGAGCUUUUAUACUCUA